AAACUGUUUCUUUUCCUCACUAGGUAUUAGUAUCAUCCUUGGAGUUGCUGAGGGUGAAUUUUUCAUUCAUGAUGCUGAGAUUCAGAAGUCAGCCCUUCAGAUCAUCAUCAACUGUGUAUGUGGCCCAGAUAAUCGGAUCUCCAGUAUUGGCAAGUUCAUCUCUGGAACUCCUCGGCGAAAGCUUCCUCAGGCCCCCAAGAGCAGUGAGCACACAUUAGCCAAGAUGUGGAAUGUGGUACAGUCCAACAAUGGCAUCAAAGUGCUGCUGUCGUUGCUGUCUGUAAAGAUGCCCAUCACGGAUGCAGAUCAGAUCCGAGCGUUAGCCUGCAAAGCCUUGGUGGGGCUCUCACGCAGCAGUACUGUCCGGCAGAUUAUCAGCAAGCUCCCCCUCUUCAGCAGCUGUCAAAUUCAGCAGCUGAUGAAGGAGCCGGUGCUUCAGGACAAGCGCAGCGAGCACGUGAAGUUCUGCAAAUACGCUGCUGAGCUGAUCGAGCGUGUCUCGGGGAAGCCACUGCUCAUCGGCACAGAUGUCUCUCUGGCUCGGUUGCAGAAAGCGGAUGUGGUGGCCCAGUCAAGGAUCACGUUUCCUGAGAAGGAGCUGCUGCUCCUGAUUCGGAACCAUCUCAUCUCUAAGGGCUUAGGAGAAACUGCGUCUGUCCUUACAAAAGAGGCAGACCUACCUAUGACUGCAGCAUCUCAUUCAUCUGCCUUCACCCCUGUUGCAGCUGCAGCCUCUCCUGUGACCCUGCCUCGCACCCCUCGCAUAGCUAACGGCAUUUCAGCCCGGUUGAGUAGCCACACUUCCGUAGGUUCCACUGCCACCUCUGUCCAUGCUCAGGCAAGACCGACUGCAUCCCAAGGUCCACUUGCCCUUCCAGGCCCUUCUUACGCCAGCAACUCUCCUCUGAUUGGCAGGAUUAGCUUUGUCAGGGAGAGGCCAUCUCCCUGCAACGGCAGAAAAAUCAGAGUGUUGCGGCAAAAAUCGGACCAUGGCGCCUACAGCCAGAGCCCAGCUAUCAAAAAGCAGCUGGACAGACACCUUCCUUCCCCCCCAACACUGGACAGUAUAAUCACAGAGUACCUUAGGGAGCAGCAUGCCCGCUGCAAGAACCCAGUUGCCACCUGUCCCCCUUUCUCUCUCUUUACUCCCCACCAGUGUCCUGAGCCAAAACAAAGGCGCCAAGCGCCAACUAACUUUACCUCACGGCUGACCCGCAGGGCAGCCUUUCCAAAGUACGGAGGGGUGGAUGGUGGCUGCUUUGAUAGACACCUUAUAUUUAGCAGGUUCCGUCCGAUUUCUGUGUUCAGGGAAGCAAAUGAGGAUGAGAGUGGCUUUACCUGUUGCGCGUUUUCUGCAAGAGAAAGAUUCUUAAUGCUGGGUACUUGCACGGGGCAGCUGAAGCUCUACAAUGUGUUCAGUGGACAGGAAGAGGCCAGUUACAACUGCCAUAACUCUGCCAUCACGCACCUUGAGCCAUCCAGGGAUGGAUCUUUAUUGCUGACAUCUGCCACGUGGAGCCAACCUCUGUCUGCGUUGUGGGGAAUGAAGUCUGUCUUUGAUAUGAAGCAUUCCUUCCCUGACGACCACUACGUGGAGUUCAGCAAGCACUCGCAGGAUAGGGUCAUUGGCACAAAAGGAGACAUUGCUCAUAUCUAUGAUAUUCAGACUGGCAACAAGCUAUUGACUCUGUUUAACCCAGAUCUUGCCAACAACUACAAGAAGAACUGUGCCACCUUUAACCCCACUGAUGACCUUGUCCUAAAUGAUGGUGUCCUCUGGGAUGUCAGAUCGGCACAAGCCAUCCACAAGUUUGACAAAUUCAACAUGACCAUCAGUGGUGUUUUCCAUCCCAAUGGGCUGGAGGUCAUAGUCAACACAGAAAUUUGGGACCUCCGAACUUUCCAUUUGUUACACACUGUACCUGCACUGGAUCAGUGUCGUGUGGUCUUCAACUAUACUGGCACAGUUAUGUAUGGAGCUAUGUUGCAGGCAGAUGAUGAAGAUGACCUUCUGGAGGAGAGAAUGAGGAGUCCCUUUGGCUCUUCUUUCAGGACAUUUAAUGCAACUGAUUAUAAACCUAUAGCUACCAUAGAUGUAAAGCGGAAUAUCUUUGACUUGUGCACAGACAGCAAGGACUGCUAUCUGGCUGUCAUUGAGAAUCAAGGGAGCAUGGAUGCCAUGAACAUGGAUACAGUUUGCAGGCUGUAUGAAGUGGGCAGGCAGCGUUUGGCAGAAGAUGAAGAGGAUGAAGAAGAAGAUCAGGAGGAAGAGGAGCAAGAGGAAGAAGAUGAUGACGAAGAUGAUGAUGAUACAGAUGACCUUGAUGAACUAGAUACAGACCAGCUGCUGGAGGCUGAACUCGAGGAGGAUGAGAACAAUGAGAAUGCUGGUGAGGAUGGAGAAAAUGACUUUUCACCCUCUGACGAUGAGGAGCUUGCCAACCUCCUGGAAGAGGGAGAUGAGGGUGAAGAUGAAGAUUCUGAUGCUGAUGAGGAAGUUGAGCUGAUUCUUGGAGACACUGACAGCUCGGACAACUCUGACUUGGAGGACGACAUAAUCCUGUCUCUGAACGAGUGAGGAGUGACUGUCAGGCGGGGUGUUGGCAGGAGGAGACGCUCCCUUCCCAGCAGAAGGCCGGAGACCAAAUUGGCAGCCGAUUCGGAGCACCCCAACCCUUUUUCUCCUAGGAAAGCCCGAGGAACUCCAGCCCAUCCGCUGUGUUGGUUUGAGUCAGCUUGAGGCUCGGGGCUAAGUCUGAGGGUCUACAAUAAAGAGACCUGGGGUUAGGCCUCUUUUCUCUCUGCCUUUUUUUUUUUAUUUUUUAUUUUAGGCUGAGAUGACUCUCCUCUUCAAGGAAACUUCUGAAGAUAUUUCACAAUAUAUUUUCUUUGUAUAAAGUUCUUUCCUAAAGAACAGAAAUAGUUUUAUAUAAAACAAAAAAAAGCAAAAAAAAAAAAAAGCAGGUGUUCUAGUAAAGA